UCAUCUUUGAUGUUGCAUCAAACCACAAUAUCACUGCUCACUCCGCAGUUUUAACUCAUUUUGGACGAAAAAGAACAGAACAGAAAAGAAAAUUAUCCCUCAAUUGUGAUUUUAUUAAAAACUAUGCAUUUUCUAGUUUAAAGAAGCUAAGGGGUUUCUUCAACCAUCCUCUACGCCUGAGAUCUUCCCCCUUUUUUUUCCCUUUAAUUUUUAAAUUUCAUUUUUCUUAUCUCGUUCGAUUGGUCUGAUCUGGUCAUGGAUUUGCGAGAUUCAUCACCGUCGUCGACUCCGAAUCGGGAUGGUAACGCUGGCGACGACGACGGCGUCCUCUCCGCCACUUCCGCCCUCGCUAAAGACGCCGCUCUUUACUUUCAGUCUAGGAAGUUCGCCGAGUGCGUCGAUGUCUUGAAUCAGCUCAACUCGAAGAAAGAAAACGAUCCCAAGGUUCUUCAUAAUAUUGCAAUUGCGGAGUUCUUUCGGGAUGGUUGCUCAGACCCAAAGAAGUUGCUUGAAGUCCUUAACAAUGUCAAGAAGAGAAGUGAGGAGCUUGCUCUUCUUGCAUUUGGGGAACAGGUGGAGUCUGGUAGCAAUAUUGGAAAUAACAUUACUUCAGGUUCAAAAGGAUGUGGUACAACUACAAGUCUUCCUGCUUCAAAUUGUGCCAGUAUUAUUUACACAGAUGAAUUUGAUACCUCUGUGGCUUCUCUAAACAUAGCAGUCAUUUGGUUCCACCUUCAUGAAUACUCGAAGGCCUUAUCAGUUCUUGAACAUGUUUAUCAAAACAUUGAACCUAUAGAUGAGACAACAGCUCUUCAUAUCUGCCUCUUGUUGCUGGAUGUUCUGCUAGCUUGCCGUGAUGUGUCAAAAUCUGCGGAUGUAUUGAAUUAUCUAGAAAAAGCAUUUGGUGUUGGCAAUGUGAGCCAAGGGGAAAAUGGUAACACAGCUCCGCAGCAAUCCUUGAAUGUAGUUGGAAAAUCAUCCUCAGAUCCAAACAGCUCAUUGAUCUCAGAUGUUUCUUGUUCAGACUUAGUUGCUAGUGUCAAUGCCUCUGAGAGUCCUCUAUCUAGAACUUUAUCAGAGGAUCCACUGGAUGAAAUGUUUUCAACACUAGAUAUUGGAGGACAGAACUUUGCUAGGCACACUGGUCUUACAUCUGCAAAUGAUCUACCCAGGAUCACAGUUGAUAGAUCUAUCUCUGGUGUUGAUCUGAAGCUCAAGUUGCAACUUUACAAGGUUCGACUAUUGCUUCUCACUAGAAAUGUAAAGCUAGCAAAGCGUGAAGUCAAGCAUGCAAUGAAUAUUGCUCGAGGGAGAGAUUCAUCUAUGGCUCUCUUCUUGAAGGCCCAGCUUGAGUAUGCUCGUGGCAACCAUCGGAAAGCUAUCAAGUUGUUAAUGGCAUCAAGUAAUCGGACGGAUGCAGCAAUGUCAAGCAUGUUUAACAAUAAUCUAGGCUGUAUUUACUAUCAACUUGGGAAGUAUCAUACAUCUGCAGUGUUCUUUUCCAAGGCACUGAGUAAUUGUUCAUCUCUUCAGAAAGAGAAGCCUCUAAAGCUAUUAACAUUCUCACAGGAUAAAUCUCUCCUCUUAACAUAUAACUGUGGGUUACAGUACUUGGCCUGUGGAAAACCACUACUUGCAGCUCAUUGUUUCCAGAAAGCGAGUUUAGUUUUCUACAGAAGACCCCUAAUGUGGCUUCGGCUUGCUGAAUGUUGUCUAAUGGCGGUAGAGAAAGGGAUUGUAAAAGGAAGUUGGGCUCCAUCAGACAGAUCAGAAGUUAGAGUCAGCGUUAUAGGGAAGGGUAGAUGGAGAAGACUUCUAAUUGAAAAUGGAAUUUCAAGAAACAGACAUGUAGAUUCUGUUGAAAGGGAGGUCUGGGCUUUAGGUGGUGAUGGGCAACCUAAGCUUUCAUUACCUCUUGCUAGGCAGUGUCUCUACAAUGCACUGCACUUGUUGAACUGUUCUGAGUUGUGUAAUUCGAAGUCUAUUGUAUGCUCAGAUUCAUCCUUGGAGGAGAAUGAAUCGAGUGAUGGAGCAUCUUCCAAGAACUCAAACUAUAAGAACUUACCCUGCAAUGAUUCCAAGGCUUCAACUAUGCCGGCUGCUCUAAUUAACUUAAAUGGGGAUUUGAAAGAACCAAAGGGGGGAACUAAUCAGGAGGGUAUUCAGAACUCCAUCUCCUAUUAUGAAGAUAUUUGCAGAAGAGAAAAUCAGAUGAUUAAGCAAGCCCUUCUUGCUAACCUGGCAUAUGUAGAGUUAGAACUGGAAAAUCCUUUGAAGGCGCUCUCUGCAGCACAAGCUCUCUUAGAACUGCCAGAUUGUUCAAGAAUUUACGUCUUUCUAGGCCAUGUCUAUGUGGCGGAGGCUUUAUGUUUGCUGAACAAACCUAAGGAAGCUGCAGAGCACUUGUCCAUUUAUUUAUCUGGGGAAAGUAACAUCAAAUUACCGUUUGGUCUAGAGGACUGUGAGCAGUGGCGAGUGAAAAAGCAUAUUGAUUGUGAAGAAGCAAAUGUUGGAGCAGCAGCUGCCAAGAAUUCUUCCCCCGAGGGCUUAGAGGAUUUUAUGUUUCUCAAGCCUGAAGAGGCACGUGGAACACUUUACGCAAACCUUGCUGCAGUGUCUGCAAUACAAGGCGACCUUGAGCGAGCUCACCAUUUCGUGACGCAAGCAUUGUCCCUGGUACCCAACAGCAGCGAAGCCACUAUGACCGCAAUAUAUGUCGAUCUCAUACUUGUCUGGACCUUUAAGCUUUUGGAACCAAGGACUGGUACGGAUUUGAAUAUUUUUUUUUACAGAUUAUUAUUUGCAACAGUUUUGAAGUGUUUGGAUACCCAUUAUUUGAAUUUGAAAUAUAUGGUGUGUUGCAGGACUUUGGCAAAUGGGUAGGAAACUAAGUAAUUUUAUUGAUUGAUUUUUAAUUAUUAAAGAGGCCCCCUUCAUGAAACCACUUGCCGUAACCAAGUCUAACGGAGAGACCCUUAACAAACACCAUAUGUUAAUGUUAUCACGUAAAGGUAAAAGAUAGAGAAAGGGUUCAUGAGGUGCCACAGGCUUCAAAGUUGGUCCCUUCCCAGCUCCAGUAUUAGUCUGCAGGCUGCGUUUGAAACUGUGUUAUUCAACUCGUGAUAUCUUCCUAUAACAUAAAGUAAAACACCUACAAUUUCUAGACUGUCAUUUCUGAACCUGAAUUGCUUGGUUGAAAAUAAAAGACCGACAUAUGCUAGAUGGACCCAUCCAUCGUGGUUCACCUAAAUUUUCAUCCAAAUGUAUGUAUUGGUGAAGAUUGUCCAGUCACGCCCUGAUUGCUACAUUUGAAUAAUGCCAACGAAUUAAAGCCAAAACAGUAGUUUAUGCCUACGACUAUGGGGGUCCGCAAUACUUUUCUCAAGCCAUUCAUCUUUCAGCUUACUAUUUGAGUUCUUCACUAUCCAACUUGCCAUAAAUGACUACUUUGUAAUAUCUAAAUUUAAUUAGAUGAAAUAUAGUCAACAGAUAAUAUCUUAA